GGAGAGAGUCUGAAUGAGACCAUAAUCGUUGGAGGAAACUCUGGUGUAACCUAUGACCUGGAUGCCAGAUUUCAGUGAGUGCAUGACGCCUCUGGACUAUUGACCGGACGACGUAUACUUUAAGUUAGGACACGAUGACCUUAAGCGCUACGACCUCGAUGGCGUAUUUUAGGUCUGGGACACGGUUACCUUAGGCUCUAUGACCUGGAUAACACAGUUAUGUUAAUGCAGAGGGGACCUUAAGCCAUGACCUGGAGGACAUGAAUAUUUAAGUUAGGACACGGUGACCUUGAACUAUGACCUGGAUGACAAAUUCAAGUUAGUUCAUGUUGACCUUAAGCAAUGACCCGGAGGGCAUACUUAAGUUAGGACGUCAUGACCAUGAGAAGGUUGACGUCAUAGUGGAAUAUAUCUGUAUCGCCAUAAAGACAAACAACAGGUUCCACAAAAUUUUUUUAAAAAAAAUAAUUAAAACACUCGCUGCUCCCAAACAUUUUGAAAUUUCCUUAAUGCGGGGUCGUAUCCCCCCUCCCCCCCCCCCCCCCUUUCCUGUGGGUCGCGACCUCUUUGUGGGGUCGCCUAAGAACAUCUGAACACACAAAUGCCCUACAGUUAAGAAGUAGCGGCGAAAAUAAUUUUUGCGGCUGGGGGGGGGGGGUCGGUCGCCACAACGUUAGGAACUGUAUUAAAGGGUCGCGGCAUUAGGAAGGUUGAUAACCACUGCUACAGAGUCUUAUGUGCCAUCCGGUCGACUUUAAACCGUUUCCCCGCUCUUGUCUCUCUCUCUCUGUGCAGAUCUCACCAGGAAGUUGGCCCCAAAUGGUCCUACAAGUUUGCAGGGAACGCCACGUUCUCCCUGUGUGUGCUCGCCGUUGACAACAACGAAUCGGUGUCCACCUUCCAAGCCAUCCCAGUCAGGGCGUGGGGCAAAAAAUACAUCGUCGUGACGCUGGCGUAAGAACCGCUGGACGUAGAGCUUUAUCAUUGUGGCCACAGCGGGUUAAGGACCCCAUCAGAUUAAAAUUGAAUCGGGAUAAUAGUAGAGGUUGGGCGGGAGGCGAAUUAUUUAAAAAAAAAAAAUUUAUCUAUCCAAUCACCCUCCCCACCUCCCUCCUCCCGAUUGGCAUUAACCUUAGCUACACCACUGCAAAUGAACAAUCCGAAUUUUAAUUUUUUAUUGAGAAAAUCGAAGAGAAACAUGAACGGGUUACGAAAAGUUCUUCUCUGAUGUGAUCUUAUAAGCGCGAUUUUGAAAUAAUUUAACACUAAAACAGUACAACUUAUAUAUAUAUAUCCGUUGUGAUCUUUCCAUAAGUAUUUCAUUGGACUGAACAAUUACCAUGUUCCUGUUCAAUAAUCUACGAUUGAUUUUUAAAAAUAAUUUUACAGCAGUUUAUUGUUGUUUUUUUUUGUGUGCUAAUAUCGGGAAUCUAUAAAGUGUGGGGGCUUAGAAUUUUAGGCCCAUUAGAUUGUUACCCGAAAUUUGUUUGAAUGAAAUUUCUUUCUGAAUGCACUAUACUAUAUAGUAAAACAGAAUAAUGCGUUCAAAAAGAAAAUUGACGCAAAAUUAGAUCGUGUGGACUGAAAUAAAGAUUUCGACCAAACUUCCGUUCGAUCAAAUUUUCCGUCUAUCAAUUUUCCGUCGACGAAAUUUCUUUCAAACAAAUUUCCGGAUACGCCAUCAGAUUUCGGAGAACGUAGGCUUUAGCCUACUUGGCCUAUCGGGGAAUCUGGGAGUGAUGACAUCGUCAUUUGCUCUCGGCGGCACAUUCAGUGGUGCCUGGCGCAGAGAACACUCGCCUCCUUACUUUCUUAGCAUUGGGCAACCCAUUAAAAUUAGUGAUACUUUUUCUUUCCGUGGCAUUGGGCUUAAAAAAUCUUGGCCCUCGAACUAACCCUCGCCACGACACUCUUUGGACACUGCAUCCUGUGACGGCGUAACCAUCAAGUGCGGACACAUUGUACUUACUUCACAUCAUGGCGGCGUACCAUGAAGUAUUUUCGUGUGUUUUUAAAAAAAAAAAAAAAAUGUUUUAACCACAUCAGAGUGUCGUGGUGUACAUCACGCUGGUACACAUUUUCAUCCCUGCACAUUGUGAUGGCGUACCAUCAAGUUUAAAUGCGUGUUCGCCACUGCACUCUGUGAGGGCGUACCAUCAAGUAUGUACACCUUUUCACCAAUCACGCAGAUUUUCACAGACGUACCAUCAUGAUGUAUUACCAUUACCAUCCCUCACCCUCAUCGAUGUCACGUGGACGCAUUUGUGCGUGUGUGUGUGUGUUUUGGGGGGAGGGGGAACGACACUUAAGUCUUUGAGGUUUUAAUGCCGAUCACGUGUUCUUCUCUCCCGCAGGUCCAACCCGUCCAUCCAGAUAGUGUCCGGAAGUGACGACAAUUUCGUGAUCUUUAAAUUCGUCGUGCUUAAACCGCGCCUGUCGGUCUUGUUCUUCAACUAUACCCGGAUGGAGACUGGAGGCAAUCACAGCUUCACGCUCCGACGGUAUCUUCUUCCUCUUAGCGUCAUGAUCCCAAGGUCGCAGCAUUGACCUAUGGGCUUUCUCGUUACAGAUUAGCAACAAAUAACAAACAAACAAACAAGCAAACGGGAACUUGGUGCAGAGGGGAGGCUUGACAUCCCGCAGCCCGAAACACAGAAAUAGAUGACAUUGGGCCCGCCCCCGGGGUGUUAGCACGCACGCUAGUUACUCAACUGUGAUAGAGCUGAAUCCGGGGGGGGGGGGGGGGGGGGGUGUGGGUGUGGGGAGGGGGGCUAUGGUAAGACUAUCUCUGUUCUUUUAAAUAUCUCAGUGAGAUGAUUUUAAAUUCAAAUCGAUUAAAAUCCAAAUCCAUGUUUCUCUUUUCUCGGACAGCGAUGAAGCGUACUCCGUGGCUCAGUGUCCGGAAUUCCAACCGGUCGAUAUAAUGCUGGUGCAUUUCACAGGUACAUGGCGUAGUUCAUUCACCACCAGGCGGGGCGAACUCAGAACGACAGGGGCGGAUUUGGGUUGUUUUUUUUUUUUUAAACGUGCCAGUGUUAGUUCACGUGCCAUGAUGAUUCCGUGACAGUGACACUUAUUGUCUUGAUGUGGCAGUGACAGCUACUCAGUCCUCAAUUGGAUACGCCCAUCAGUGCUGAAUCGGACGCGCCCAUCAGUGUGGGGACCAUUCUCAGAUUGACCCGCCUGGUCGUCUAGUCGUCCAUUGUUCAUCGCUGUCAAAUGAUAACAAGCUUACAGCCGUCCCUCGUCCAUUGCAAUCAGUCAGUUCUAGACUCCGCCGCGAUAAGUGAGUUUCCGCGAAGCGGGAUUCUUAAAAUUUUUCACUUACUAACCGAUUAUUUUCGUAGCUAGAGCACGGGAAAAUCUAUUCACGACCCUCGCUCUACGGGUUUUAACAUGAUUUAGACCCCCCUCCCUCCCCUCUGGGGGUGCACGAAUACCAAGGCCUACAGUCUAUAUCACAUGUGUCAAACUCAAGGCCCGCGGGCCACAUCGGGCCCGCCGAACAAUUAUAUCAGGCCCGCGAGGUCUUGACCGGCGUACAAUUAUAUCCAAGUCAACGCUAUGGUGUUUCCCAGUGCACACUUUGCUGAAAAACUUAGCUUAUUUCGCGUUGAGUUCGCACGGCGCUUUAGUGACUUUGAAGCACAGAAAUGUAAUUUUUAGCUGUUUCGUAACCCAUUCGUCAUCGACGUGGAAACUGCACCUGUAAAUUUGCAGAUGGGGCUAAUAGAUCUGCAGUGUAAUGGGACACUAAAGGCAAAGUACAACAAAGUUGGGCCUGCACAGUUUACUCGUUUCAGUCCUGAAGAGAUGCCCCAACUUCGUCUACAUGCGGCUCGAACCUAGAGCAGGUUGGGUAGCACACAUAAAUGUGAGCACCUGUUUUCUGUGAUGACAAAAUAAUCACACUUGCAGUCCAUCAAGAGAUUCUCAAUGACACAUGACGUGACUCCCAACAUAAACGAAAUUACUGGGUUUUUUGUAGCUAAGAAAAUGAGCCAAACAUCCAGCUCUGACAAUUUGGCAUCAGAACGAAAAUAAGUAUACAAAUGAUUUUUAAUUAUUAAAACUUUUUUCUGUUUUCAUUUAUAUACUUUUUUUUUAAAAAUAAAAGAUUAAUUUCCGCUUAUUGAAUGUUUAUCUUGAUCGGCCCGCAACCUUACAUGUGAUUUGAGUUUUUGCCAGCAACCUUACAUGUGAUUUGAGUUUUUGCCAGCAACCUUACAUGCGAUUUGAGUUUUUGCCAGCAACCUUACAUGUGAUUUGAAUUACAGCCCACCGAGCGAUUGAGUUUGACACCCCUGGUCUAUACGUUCGGUACUUUUAAUUUUACUACAGGGGUGUAUCAUUGAUUCGGACAACCGAGCGCGCGCUGUAUCAUUUCACUGCCUCGAUCUACCUUUUUUUAAAAUGAACGCAUGACAUGUUAUAUUUGGGAGGAAAAAAAAAAGGGGGGGGGGGGAUAAACAAAUAGAGAAAGACUCGAAAGUCUAAGCGCGAAGAGGCGAGGGUGGAGAGUGUGCUUCAAACUAUCCAAAACUCCUAUCUAAACAAAAAUUAUAAUAUUGUGCUUACAAAAAAAAAAAAAAUUUAAAAUGUGUGUUGUUUGAUUUUUCUUUCCCAGGCUCUACCAUUGAAGCCACGAAGCCGGUCGGAGUCAUCAACGGCAACUGUAGGACGUACGCCGUGGCACCCGUUUGUUUGCUAAAGGUUACGGGGCCGAUGUGGCGCCGAGUGGCGGUUGACACCGUGGCAGGUCAGUGCAGCAGACAGAAGCUUCUUACAGUUGAAGAAGGUCGGCUGACGGUGCGACAGAAAGACUGUCUUUUUGUGUCUUUUUUUUUUUUGUAGCCCGAAGGUACAGCUGGGGGAUUUAGUUCCACCAGACCAGUUCAGCUGGCCAAUUGUUGUACCAGAGCGGUACAAUUGGCUUAUGUAACAAGAUGGUCAAGCUGGCCGAUUGUUGUACUAUGAACAGUUGAACGGGCUCUUGUUGUACCAAGACGGUAUAACUGGUUGUUGUACCAAGACAGUACAGCUGACUUGUUGUACCAAGACAGUACAGCUGGAUGAUUGUUGUACCAAGACAGUACAACUGUUUGUGUACCAAGAAAGUACAACUGGUUGUUGUACCAAGACAGUACAACUGUUUGUUGUACCAAGACUGUACAACUGGCUCUUGCACCAAGACAGUACAGCUAGCUUUUGUUGUACCAAGACAGUAUAAUUAAGAGAGGUGAAAUAGACAAGUUAGUAAGCCUGACUCCCAAUUCCUAGAAUAGAUUGUAAACUAAAGUAAGACAUACAUUGUUCUGUCCAUAAACUCACACAAACUGGCGCCCCCAUUGUUCAAGUCCAUAAACUCACACAAACUGGCGCCUCCAUUGUUCUGUCCAUAAACUCACACAAAUUAGCGCCCCCAUUGUUCUUUCCUUAAACUCAAACUGCCACCCCUAUUGUUCUGUUCAUAAACUCACACAAACUGGCGCCCCCAUUGUUCUGUCCAUAAACUCACACAAAUUAGCGCCCCCAUUGUUCUGUCCUUAAACUCAAACUGCCACCCCUAUUGUUCUGUCCAUAAACUAACACAAACUGGCGCCCCAUCGUUCUGUCCAUAAACUCACACAAACUGACGCCCCAUUGUUCUGUCAAUAAACUCACACAAACUGACGCCCCCAUUGUUCUGUCCAUAAACUCACACAAACUGACGCCCCCAUUGUUCUGUCCAUAAACUCACACAAAUGUCCUCCAGUUCACACACCCCUUUCCGAUAUUUAACGCCUACUUGUUCAACCUAACCCCCUUCUCUCCCCCCCCCCCCCACCCACGUCCGCAAUAGAAAUGAUUUUAGCACAGGAGUUCUGGGGCACCUCCCCCCUUUUUCUGUCCAUAAACUCCCACAAACUGACGCCCCCAUUGUUCUGUCCAUAAACCCACACAAAUGUCCCCCAGUUCACACACCCCUUUCCGAUAUUUAACGCCUACUUGUUCAACCUAACCCCCUUCUCUCCCCCCCCCCCCCAACCACGUCCGCAAUAGAAAUGAUUUUAGCACAGGAGUUCUGGGGCACCGAUUUCAUCGCCAUGAUGGUGCCAGCCAGGCCACACCAGGGCUACCUGCAGAUGGUCAGCGACGUGGCGGACACGAGAGUCACCAUCGCCCUCAACGCCACGGAGAGAACGGUCCUAAAGCUGAACGGCACCGAAAAGUACUACUUU